GCUAACUCCACCAAUAGCGGCUGUUUGGCGCCACUGGUAGAGUACUAACCGCUCUCUUCUAUCCAAGUUUCUUCAUGUAACUGCUUGGCCAUGGCCGCCUCCGAAACCCUAACCCUAGACUCAUCGACCCUCUUCCUCAACUCUCACAACUCUCUCUCUCUCCGAUCUCCACCAACCCCUCCAGCCCUCUCUGCCUCUCUCCCAUCCAACCACUCUCCUCUCUCUCCAUUCCCCAAACAUUUCCCCAAAUCCAAAGUCAUCCCAAAUACACGUUUCGUCGUCGACGGCUUCCGAUACGCCGGCGACCACUCCGUCUCCUAUUUUCUCUCUCACUUUCACUCCGAUCACUACACCGGCCUCACCCCAAAUUGGUCCAAAGGCAUCAUCUUUUGCUCCAACGUCACCGCUCGCCUUCUUGUCGAAGUACUCAAAGUCUCAUCGCUGUUCGUCGUCCCAUUGUCUCUAUCCGAGCCCGUUUCGAUUGAUGGGUGUGAGGUAACACUCGUUGAUGCAAAUCACUGUCCGGGUGCAGUUCAAUUUUUGUUCAAAGUUCCCGGCAUUGACGGAAAAUGCGAGAGGUAUGUGCACACUGGUGAUUUUAGAUACUGUAAUUCGAUGAAAUUAGAGCCAACUUUGAGUGAAUUUUUUGGUAGUGAUGCUAUUUUUUUGGAUACUACAUAUUGUAAUCCGAAAUUCGUGUUUCCUUCGCAAGAAGAGUCUAUUGGUUAUAUAGUUAGCGUGAUAGAGAGGAUUGCAGUUGAAAAUGUGGGUUCAUUGAAGUCUGUUUUGUUUCUUGUUGCUACUUAUGUUAUUGGGAAAGAGAGAAUUUUGCUUGAAAUUGCACGUAAAUGUAAGCGGAGGAUACAUGUAGAUGCUAGAAAAAUGGCCAUUUUGCGCAUUUUGGGGGUUGGAGAAGAUGGGGUGUUUACAGAGGAAGAAUCUGAAAGUGAUGUUCAUGUUGUUGGGUGGAAUGUGUUGGGUGAGACUUGGCCUUACUUCCGACCCAAUUUUGUAAAAAUGAAGGAGAUUAUGGAUGAGAGAGGAUACUCUAAGGUUGUGGGCUUUGUUCCGACUGGAUGGACAUAUGAAGUAAAGCGCAACAAGUUUGCAGUUAGGACUAAGGAUUCAUUUGAGAUACAUCUUGUUCCCUAUAGUGAACAUUCGAACUAUGAUGAGCUUAGAGAAUAUGUGAAGUUCUUGAAACCAAAGCGUGUUAUUCCCACGGUAGGUGUGGAUGUUGAGAAACUUGACAGCAAACAUGUGAAUGCGAUGCAGAAGCAUUUUGCUGGGUUGGUUGAUGAAAUGGCCAUAAAGCAAGAAUUUUUGAUGGGUUUUCAUUUUGGGUCCCGGGAAACGCUUGAAAAUGUUGAAGAGGAUUUUGACACAGUCCCAAACCAGACAGUAGACCACGAGAUUGAGACCGCUUCACCAGAGCUUAAAAGUAGUUAUAGUAUUGAUCAGGGAAGAGGUACACACUCUUCAUUUCCUCGGGAAGAACCUGUUUCAAAAGAUUUGGUUCGAUUGAAUGAUAAUGAUAUAGAGGAAAUUUUGCAAGAACUUCGUGAUUGUUUACCCAAAUGGGUCACUCAAGACCAGAUGUUAGAAUUGCUUAGUAGCUCGGGUAGAAAUAUUGUUGAAGCAGUUUCCAACUUUUAUGAACGUGAAACUGAAUUUUAUGAACAGGCUAUUGCUUGUACAUCCCAGACAAGCUUAUCUAAUGAUUCUGCACCACUUUCUAAACCAUAUUCUGUGAAGAGCCCUCCCAGAAGUGUGAAUGUUUUUUUAAAUCAAACCUACAAGUCACCUGACACGAGGCAUUCAAUUAAGAGCAGCAUUUCCCCUAACAAAAAGAGGAGAAAUCUUGAUGAUAAGCCGAACAAGAAAGCAAGAACCAGUUCAAGUCUGGAAUCUAGUGGGCCAAAGCAAUGUAGAAUAACAAGGUUCUUCAAUAAACUGGCUCCUAAUGUCUCUCAAGGUAGUGGGAAUGAAACUGUGUUUGAGCAAUGCCAUAAUGAUGAAAAUCUGUCACCAAGUGGUUCUACUAAGUCAUACAAAGAAGAGGUAGACCAGUUCAUUCAGAUUGUAAAUGGCAGUGAAUCAUUAAGAAGCUAUGCUGCUACCAUCCUAGAGGAGACAAAGGGAGAUAUUAAUAUUGCAUUGGACAUAUAUUAUAGUAAUCCUCAACCUAACCUCGAUGAAAAUAAAGAGAGGCUAAAAAGUAGCAAAUUGUUUCAAGCUCAAUGCAGUAUUCAGGAUUGCUCUCUUAGUGAAGAGAAUAAACUACUAGAGGAAUCGGGUAAUAUCGAAAUGCCUGGGCUGCCAACAAAAAAGGUUGCUGCAAAUCUUGUAUCAUUAACACCUGGAAAAUAUUCUCCUAUAGAGCAUGCAUGCUGGAAGGAUGGAGAGCCUGCUCCAUAUAUACAUCUUGCACGAACUUUUGACCUUGUUGAGGAUGAAAAAGGCAAGAUAAAAGCUACAUCAAUACUUUGCAAUAUGUUUAGAAGCUUGCUGGCCUUAUCUCCUGAGGAUGUGCUACCCGCGGUGUACUUGUGCACGAACAAGAUUGCUCCUGACCAUGAAAAUAUGGAGCUGAAUAUUGGUGGAAGUAUUGUCACAGCAGCAUUGGAAGAGGCUUGCGGGACAAACAGAUCUAAAAUAAGGGACCUAUACAACAGCUUAGGUGAUCUUGGUGAUGUUGCUGAACUAUGCCGACGAACACAAUCAUUACUGGCUCCUCCAUCACCACUCUCAAUCCGGGGUGUAUUUUCUGUCCUCAGAAAAAUAAGUGUGCAAACAGGUAGCGGAAGUACUGUUCGAAAGAAAAGCCUAAUUGUGAAUCUCAUGCGUUCUUGUAGAGAAAAGGAGAUGAAGUUUCUCGUCCGAACAUUGGUUAGGAAUUUGCGGAUUGGAGCCAUGAUGAGAACUGUUCUGCCAGCAUUAGCCCAAGCUGUUGUUUUGCAUUCCUCCCUUCAUAAAGGAGAAGCCGAAAAUUCAAAGGAACAGUUGCAGUGCUUAUCUGCAGCAGCCAUUGAAGCAUAUAACAUACUUCCCAAUUUGGAAUUGCUUGUUCCCUCUCUCAUGGAAAAGGGGAUUGCAUUUUCUUCAACAACGCUGUCGAUGGUUCCGGGAAUACCUAUCAAACCUAUGCUAGCGAAAAUUACUAAUGGAAUUCCUCAAGUACUGAAGCUCUUUCUCAAUAAAGCUUUUACAUGUGAAUAUAAAUACGAUGGUCAGCGAGCCCAAAUUCACAGAUUACCUGAUGGAUCCAUGCGUGUAUUUUCACGAAAUGGGGAUGAAACAACAUCUAGAUUUCCAGAUUUGGUGAAUAUAAUUGAAGGAUCAUGUAGUCCUGCUGCAGUAACCUUCAUUUUGGAUGCAGAGGUAGUUGCAGUUGAUAGGAAGAAUGACUGCAAGCUUAUGUCCUUCCAAGAAUUAUCUUCCCGAGAGAGAGGGAGCAAAGUUUCUUUGAUUUCAGUGGAAAGUAUAAAGGUUGACAUUUGCAUCUUUGUCUUUGAUAUCAUGUUUGCUAAUGGAGAGCAGCUGUUGGGCUUUCCUCUCCGCCAACGACGGAAAUAUUUGAAGGAUUUGUUCGGUGAUGGGAAGUUGGGUCAUGUUGAAUAUGCAAAGGAAAUAACAGUGGAAGCAGAUGAUGCUGGUGGGAGCAAUGAAGCAACAUUGACUAAGAUGAACUGUUUUCUUGAUGAUGCAUUGCGUUCCUCGUGUGAAGGGAUAAUGGUUAAAUCUCUUGAUGUUGAUGCUGGAUAUUCUCCAUCAAAGCGUUCUGAUACGUGGUUAAAGGUCAAGCGAGAUUAUGUGGAAGGGCUAAAUGAUUCACUUGAUUUAGUACCUAUCGGUGCUUGGCAUGGGAAUGGGAGAAAAGCAGGAUGGUACAGUCCUUUCCUCAUGGCAUGCUACAACCCUGAUACGGAGGAAUUUCAGAGUGUUUGUCGUGUCAUGUCUGGGUUUUCAGAUUCUUUUUACACACAGAUGAAAGAAUUAUUCUCUGGGGACAAGAUCUUGUCAAAGAAGCCACCAUAUUAUCAAACAGCUGAGGUGCCUGAUAUGUGGUUCUCUCCCGAACUUGUCUGGGUAAUAAGGGGUGCAGACUUCACAAUAUCACCAGUUCACCAAGCUGCCAUUGGCUUAGUUCAUCCAUCCCGUGGCAUCUCAGUCAGAUUUCCUAGAUUUAUUCGCUCCGUGUCAGAUAGAAAACCAGAGGAGUGCAGUACAGCUACAGAUAUAGCUGAAAUGUUUCAUUCUCAGACUCGUAAGAUGGAUGUGAGCGCUGGACAUUAGUAUUGAUUUUGUGACUUGUACAUAAAAUUGUGUGUUUUAGGUGAAGAUAAAUGUACAGUCUCUGUUUCAAAAGCACUUGAGUGCGUCCUUUCACUGCUUCUCGUGUAUCCGUAAAAAUGCAUAUACAAGUUUCUGGUUUUGAUCAA